UUGGGUCAGAGGUCACCCGGAGCAACCCAAGCCGGAAGACGCUGUUACAGCUACGCGCGGAUCGGUCUAAGCUUGUUCUCGUCUUGUUUUACCCGUUAAUCGUGAUUUUUCCGCCGCUACGUAUAUCUACCGAGUGCAUAAGAUUUUUUUUUCUUUCCACAGUGUCUGUUCUGAUAGGAGGAUCUUUAGCAGUUUAACUGGAAGAUCCUAACUGGAACCUGACUGGAUCCAGCUGAGGAUGUCCCGGAGGCAGUGCUGUGUGAUUGGUUGCCACAACGGCGGCAGAAAACUUAAACGCUGGCGGGAUGAAACCUGUACAAUCCACAACAGAGUCCACUUCAGCUGCGAGUGCCCCGAACCGUUUCGACUGCAUCCCUUCCCCACAGAACUACAAAAACCUGAGGCUAGAAAGGAAUGGACCCGGCGUGUUUGUCGACAAGAUGAAAAGAAACGAAGCAAAAUCUGGGUUCCAAAUGAUGACUCUCGCAUUUGCUCCAUCCAUUUUGUGGAUGGUGAGCCUACAGAGGCGAACCCUUGGCCAACACAACACAUGAACACACCAAGACUUCACUCAACUACGCCAAAGCCAAGAAAGAAGCCUACUCCUCGCACACCUGUUGAGACUUCAUCAAAAAAGGGGCGUGGAAAGAAAAGCACGACAAGUGACGAGACCACCGCCAGUGGUAGCAGCGUCCCUACAGCAGCCAGCCUAGACCAUGACUAUGACAUUCCUCCAGCAGAAACUGAUGACACAUGUCAGAGCUGCAAUGCAAAGGAUGCACAGAUUCGAAGGCUGAAGCAAAUGAACACUAAACUAAAACUGGAAGCGGCGAGCCUGAAACUGAAUAGGACUCAGCGCCAGUUCAGCUAUGACAAGCUGACGGAUGACACCAAAGUACAGUUCUACACUGGGCUCCCAAACCGCCAGGCACUUGACCAGUUGUACAGCUACAUGGCACCAAAACUGAAGAAGAUCCGAUUCUGGAGGGGUGCCAGUGCUCUGCCAACAGGUGUGCGGAGGUUCGCCAAGUCCCCAAAGAAGUUUGGACCCAGAACCAAACUGAGUGCAAAGGACUUGCUAGUGAUGGCGCUGAUGAAGCUAAGGCUUGGUCUGCUGAAUGAAGACCUCGCCGACAGAUUUGGUGUGUCAAACGCAACCUGCUCACGUGCCCUGACUGCAACGCUGAAGUUCCUGGCCUCUGAGCUGAAGUGCUUGAUUUUCAAGCCAAGCGAAGAGGUGCAGAGAGCAAAUCUACCCAGACGGUUCAGGACGAGCAAGUACAAGAAAGUAAGACAUAUCAUAGACUGUACGGAAUUCUUUAUUGAAACACCAAAGAACCUCCAGGCUAAGGCGGAGACAUGGUCAAACUACAAGCACCACCAGACUCUCAAGUGCCUGGUGUCCAUCACACCAACUGGACACUUCAACUUUGUGUCCGAAGCCUGGGGAGGGCGGAUAAGCGACAAGCAACUGACCCAGGACUCCGGGUUCCUCGACAUCCUAGAGCGGGACGAGGUGGUGAUGGCGGACCGGGGCUUCCCCAUAGCGGAAGAUGUCGCCCUGCAUCACGCCAGGCUGCUCAUCCCGCCAGGCAAGAGGGGCAGCCAUCAGAUGACACAGGCAGAAGUCGCCAAGACCAAGGAUAUCGCAAACCUUCGGAUCUUCGUUGAGCAAGCGAUCAGACGUCUGAAGACAUUCCGUAUUCUCAAGUAUGAACUUCCCAUCAGUUUAAUACCCCAGAUUGAUGACAUGAUCACUGUGUGCGCAGCACUUUGCAACCUUCAACAACCACUGGUUAAAUACUAGUUCUACUGAAAGUAAUACUAUCACAAUGUCACAUUACAUGUAACUUAUAAGUUCUACAGCUAGAGUUUGAAGAAGACAAUCUUGGAUGGUUUAGUAUACAUGUAUUAGUAUGGUUAGAGUAUUUUCUCAACCUGAAUUUCACUUCAGAUCUAGAUCUUACCUUAGAUGUUGCAUCGGUUGUCGCACGGAAGAAAGCACUUGACACAGAUCAACUUGGUAACAAAAACAGAAACAGGACAUUGUAGGUAACAAUGGUAACAUGUAAGGAAUGAUCAACAACGUGAGAAAGUGUUAAAUAUUCAAGUUCACAAUGUUGUGACAAUGAUGAUGAUGAUGUAAGUCCUUUAUUGUACAUUCAUGUCUCAAAGGACUUGGUACAGGUCGUACAUGGUGUGACUUAACAAACAUAUACACAAGUUUAGUAUACAUUGUAGACCAUGGUGUUGUUAUAAGUUAACCAAAUAGUCAACUUCUUGCUUGUUGUACAUACAUGUAUUUGGGUAUGAGAACAGAUAAUCUUUCUUAUAGAAGUUUUCUAUCAGAGCAACAACAGUAAAAGUAAAACUUUAGUUACUAGACACACAUUAUGAACUAUUAUUUUUACGUAGACAUGAAAAGAGUGUUCGACAAG